AUGCAGAUCUUCGUCAAGACCCUGACGGGCAAGACUAUCACCCUUGAGGUGGAGUCGUCCGACACCAUCGACAAUGUCAAGUCCAAGAUCCAGGACAAGGAGGGCAUCCCCCCUGACCAGCAGCGCCUGAUCUUCGCCGGAAAGCAGCUCGAGGACGGCCGCACCCUCUCCGACUACAACAUCCAGAAGGAGUCCACUCUCCACUUGGUCCUGCGCCUGCGUGGUGGUAUGGCCAAGAAGCGCAAGAAGAAGGUCUACACCACCCCCAAGAAGAUCAAGCACAAGCGCAAGAAGACCAAGUUGGCUGUCCUUAAGUACUACAAGGUCGACUCUGACGGCAAGAUCGAGCGCCUUCGCCGCGAGUGCCCCUCCGACACCUGCGGUGCCGGUGUUUUCAUGGCCGCCAUGAACGACCGCCAGUACUGCGGCCGCUGCCACCUCACCUACGUCUUCGACAAGAAGGAGUAA